UGAAGAAGAAAAACAAGGAAUAAAAGAUUUCUUAUCUAAUUAGGGUUUUAGUAGCUCCUCCGACUUGUGAACAAACUGAACACUCCUUUGUAGCAAAAUUACCCACAAUUCAUAGCGCGGUCGUUAGUAAUGAAUGGAAGAUUUGCUAAUUGUUGCUAACGUUACCAUUGUACGAGCGUUACGGCUAAUGUUAUAAUCUGAGAAGUCUCUGCUAAAGUCUCCAUUGUCCCUGAUUCCACGCUGUAUACAACGACGAUGUCUGCAGAGGAACCAACAUUUAAAAAGCUGAAACUAGCGGGACAUACAAUCAGACAAAAUGGGCUGUUUGGCAUGGGAAAUCCUUUGCUUGACAUUUCUGCGGUAGUGGACAAGGACUUCCUUGACAAGUAUGGGCUGAAACCAAAUGACCAGAUUUUGGCUGAAGACAAGCACAAAGCCCUGUUCGAUGAAAUCGCCAAGAAGUCCAAAGUAGAAUACCAUGCCGGUGGCUCCACCCAGAACUCCGUUAAAAUCGCACAGUGGAUGCUCCAGCAGCCGCACAAGGUGGCCACGUUCUUCGGCUGCAUCGGCAAGGACAAGUUCGGCGAGAUCCUGAAGAAGAAGGCGGAGGAGGCCCACGUGGAUGCUCGCUACUUCGAGCAGAGCGAGGAGCCCACCGGGACCUGCGCCGCCUGCAUCACCGGCGACAACAGGUCCCUUGUCGCUAAUUUGGCAGCUGCAAAUUGUUACAAGAAAGAACAGCAUCUAGACCUGGAGGAUAACUGGAUGCUGGUGGAAAAGGCCAGAGUGUAUUACAUUGCAGGUUUCUUCCUGACGGUGUCCCCGGAGUCAAUCCUGAAGGUGGCGAAGCACGCUUCGGAUAACAACAAGGUCUUCAGCUUGAAUCUGUCAGCCCCGUUCAUCAGUCAGUUCUUCAAGGAGCCCAUGAUGAAGGUUAUGCCGUACGUCGACAUCUUGUUCGGGAAUGAAACGGAGGCUGCCACUUUCGCCAGGGAGCAAGGCUUUGAGACAGAAGAUAUUAAGGAGAUCGCACGGAUGGCCCAGAGCCUGCCGAAGGUGAACGAGAAGAGGCAGAGGAUCGUGGUUUUCACUCAGGGAAAGGAUGACACUGUGGCCACCAAAGGUGACAAGGCGGUGGCGUACCCCGUGCUGGACAUCGAUCAGGACGACAUCGUGGAUACGAACGGAGCCGGGGAUGCUUUUGUGGGAGGCUUCCUGUCGGCGCUGGUGCAGGAGCAUCCUCUGGAGGAGUGCAUCCGGGCGGGACACUACGCCGCCAACGUCAUCAUCCGACGCGUGGGCUGCACUUUCCCCGAGAAGCCAGACUUCCACUAACCCCUCUCUCCUGACGUUUUUUGUGGGACCGCAACCUGUUUUCUCGUUUUAAGAAAAAAAGAAAAAAAAAAAGAAAAGAAAGAUCUCCUUCCCUCUCUCACUGCCUGCCUGGAGAUUCCUGUCUCUAUUCCAUGUGUACAAUUAUGAGGGCUUCACCCUGCAGCUGGUCAUGGUGUGUGUAAUUGUGUGAAUGAACUUGACUUAAUGAACUCGCGUUUACAGAGGAAAUUAAUCUAUUACUUAAAGAUCUUAAAAGGUUUUUUUGUAGAAGACAUGUUUUAUGAAUACUGACUUUUUUGGUUUUUUUCCUUCCUCUGUGUUGCAUUUCGACAUAGAAUUCACAUCUGAUCAUGUUGUCAUAUCGAGUACAUUCAUACAUUUUACUUAAGUGACAGGAUUGACACAAAAGUAAAUUCACUCUGGGGAGUUAAUCAAUGACAUGCUGUAGAUUUUUUUUAAAGAAUAUUUAUUGAAAUAAUGUAGUGCGACUGAAUGCUUAACAUUUGGUGCGGGAGUAUUUGUUAAUGUAUUCUUUUCUCAAUAUGCCAAAUUAGUUACUCAGAGUGCACACUUUUACACUCUACUGCUGGAAUAUCCUUUUGCUGUACAUUCUCAAGCUGGGAUCCCUCUGCAUGCUACAUCCUAUUUCAAUGUCCUGUCAUCAAACUGACUCAAUAAACUGUACGGUAUUGUGACCACA